AAUGCUUAACCGAUCCGGCGGCAAGCAAACUGAUUGCCAGGAAUUCACUGAUUAUUAACCAACUAUGGAAGAUAUCAAACUCCAAAGGAAGUUUGAUUUCAUCAUAUCUCCGCAAGAAUGGGAAGAGAGCAUUCACAUCAAGCAGACCCACAAGCAACGAUCUCUUCAAGGUUACUCUAGAAUUUUCUCACGGGAAGUCGCAGUGACGAAUCCACACUGUUCGUUGCUUUUCAAGUACAAUCGUGUCCGAAAGGUCGGCAGCAGGAAGGGAAAUAUGCCGUUUUUCCACGGUAAAGGGCUUUGCAGAAUUGAAGGAUGUACUAGGUACGACUUCAUUAUCAGGAAAGAAGUAAAACGGGGCACCCGAGUUAAAGUUAGGGUUAAAGUGUCUGGUGAACUUAACCAUCCCCAAGGUGAAAUUCACACGCUGAAUGAAAGGGAAGACAUAAAGCAUUUGAUGUUGAAUACAGCUACACAACCAAGUCCUGCACAAAACCACUCGAAUCUUGAAAAUUCAAGCGAUGAGGGUUCUGGCAACGAUUACGACGCUCUUACGGAUCUAGUGGCACAAGGCGAAGUGGAUGUAUUCCGUGAGAUCGAAAUUGUCAGAGAAAUCACGUCCGACUUGAUACCUGGUGGUUUUGUACGUUACAUAGGUGUCUUCCCACUGGGAGUGAUUAUGUACACCGUAGAACAGAUUCAGUUACUGAGCAGUUCGCUCAAAGACGGACAGUGCACUGUUUUCAUGGACACAACAAGAUCAUUGGUGAAAAACCUUCCAGGCAGGCCACAAGACGUGUUGUACUCUGCGCUUGUUGUUGAAGGGUGUAGUGAGAACUCAGCUAUGGCAGUUGCAGAGUUCUUCACCGAUGACAACACCCUUCCGAAAGUUUCAUACUUUCUGAAUAUCGUGAGGCGUGCCCUCAAGCAGGCCGAUCCGAAGAACAACGUCCCGCAAAACAUUGUGAUGAACUACAACUGGGCGUGGAUUAAUGCUGUCAACAUGGCUUUCAAUGAUAUGUCUACGUUGUCGUUUCUCGAGCAUGCGUGGAUUGACAAGCUGCCGCCAUGCAAGAUUCACAUCUGCAGCACGCAUGUGAUGCGAACAGUAGCCACACGUCUCUACGAUGUGGACGUCCGCAAAAAGUACUUCAUCCUGUUAUGUGUCGGGUGUUUGAUUGUGGCGACAUCAAAGACCAAACUUGACGAGAUAUUCAGCAUGAUGUGCGAAGCGCUCCUAUCCAAGCAAGCACCCAGCGAGAACAUACAGGAACACCUACAAUCUCAGCUGGUUGGAGUCUCAAUUGACUUCGACCAUGAUAAGAUUGAAGGUCACGUUUCCACCGGCGAAACUGAGAACUUCUGUAACCUGACCGAGUCUCCGUACUACAAGCACUACCAUACAAUCAGGAUGUUGUUUGAUUGUAACAAGGAUACAGCGCCUGUCAAGAACCCGUACUACGCUCCCGAGUUCCUCCACUAUUUCCUGCGUUGGUUUAUGUCCAUCGCGCCACUGUGGACAGGCAUGCUGGGAACAAGGAGUUCGCUCACGUCCAGUGCGCCAGCGAGAAACUGGUUCCAGAAAGUGGAAGAAAGCGUCCUGCACCGCAAGAAGAGACUGGGACCGAGCAAGUUUGUCCGCGCCAUGGCGGGCAGUUUGAGCAAAAGAAUGCGAGAAUUCAAACUUUCUUAAACUUGAGUUAGAGUUGAAAAUUGUGACACCGGUAUAAGUGCCA